GAAUGUUUCAUAGCACUAUACGUGUAUGAUUCGAGUACAUACGUAGAUUCGUCUCUUUUUGAAAGCAGUGUGAAUCAUUCUGAAUCUGUCUGAAUCUACCAUGUCAACUUCAAAGGAACUUGUAAAAGAUGCACAGUUAUUGCCGGACGAUUACGAAUUCAUCGUUCCAAAGAAAUCCAUCAAAGUACCGGCUGACAUGGCAACUUGGGAAAAGUCAGAAGCGUAUUUUGAAUAUUUGGGAUUUAUAUUGGCCUUGAAUGAGUCUGUUCAAGGGAAAGCCUUGAAUAUUGAAUGUUCACAAAACCCUGUGAUAGAUAAUGUCAUUGGAAUGCUUAAUGAAUUUGAUGAAUGGAUAACUCAAAUACCUCCAACUGAACAACCUCAACGUUUCGGUAACAAAUCAUUUAGGCUAUGGCACGAAAGGCUCCAGCAAAGAGGAGUGGAAGAAUUGCAAAAAGUAUUGCCAUCAGAAUUACAUAGAGCAGUUCCAGAAAUAGUUCAGUAUUUAUUCGAAAGUUUUGGUAAUCCUACUCGUAUAGAUUAUGGCACAGGUCAUGAAAUGGCAUUUCUGAUGUUUUUAUGUUGUAUGUUUAAAAUUGGAGCUUUUAAACAGGAUGAUAAAGUUGCUGUUGUUGUAAAGAUAUUUAAUAGAUACCUUGAAUUAGUGCGUAGAUUACAGUUAACAUACAGGAUGGAACCAGCAGGUAGUCAUGGUGCUUGGAGUUUAGACGACUACCAAUUCAUUCCUUUUGUAUGGGGAAGUGCUCAAUUAAUUGGGCAUCCUCGUUUGGAACCUCGUCAUUUUGUUGAACCAGAAAUUGUUGAAUUGUAUAGCAAGCAAUACAUGUUUCUCGGCUGUAUUGAAUUCAUUUCAAAGGUAAAGAUUGGUCCAUUUGCUGAACAUUCAAACCAAUUGUGGAAUGUUAGCGCGGUUUCAUCAUGGGCAAAAGUAAAUAAUGGUCUCAUCAAAAUGUACAAAGCUGAGGUUCUAGCAAAAUUUCCUGUCAUUCAACAUGUCUUAUUUGGCUCCUUGUUAUCGAUAAAACCGGCAUCCAUUCCUCCUGUGGGAAAAGGUCCUCGUCAAGAUCAUCCUAUACGACCACCACCGCCACCACCACCAAAAUAACAAUAUUCUAUGAAUACACUUGAUAUUUGUUUAUGUAGCUUGUAACAGAAUUUCAAUAUUUAUAAUAAAAUUGUACAUUAUGAUUA